AUGUCACUGCGAAACCUCGAUGUCAAGCCAUAUCAACUCGCUCCAGAUGCAGACUAUCCGCUUUUUGUGACGGCGAAGCGCUAUCGGCUCCAGCACGAGGGGUCCGCAAAGGGAAAGGAGCGCGAACAGUUCAAGGCUGAAUCGCUCAGCGCAGACGGGCUUACCCUGAUCGUGCUUCAUUCAACCAGCUUUCACAAGGAAACCUGGGAAGCAACUCUGGAGACUCUCUUCAACGUCAACGCCAGAGGUCGCGGCCCCAACCUGAUCCAAGAGGCCUGGGUUAUUGAAAGCCCCAAUCAUGGCGAAUCUGCUGCCCUGAACGAACAUCAGUUUCUCCAACCGGAAUUUGCGACCGAAUUUGGCUGCCACGGAUACGCAAGAGCUGUUCAUCGUUUUCUCCAACGAGGGCCUGUUCGCUUCUCUAAUCGAAAGUUGGUGGGAGUUGGGCACUCGUUAGGCGCAAAUACCAUAACCUUGCUUCAAGACCUGCUAACCAACGGCGACGGCCUGCGCUUUUCCUCCCUGAUCCUCAUCGAGCCCAUGGUCAGCCCAGAAGGCAUCUCCCAUCUUCGACCACUCCGCGACAUACUCGUCGCUGCCGCCAGAAAACGCCCAGACACCUGGCGAACGCAGGACGACCUACGACGAUAUCUGAAGGGGAGAAAAAGCGCAAGUGGGAAGUGGGAUGAAAGGGUUAUGGACGCCUUUGUGAAAUUUGGAGUUAGGCAGAGACGUGACCAGUCUUGGACGCUGGCUUGCACACGUCAACAGGAAGAGGCGAUGUACCUUGAUACCCGAGGACCUGUAGACCCAAUUCCUGUCCUGGACCGAAUUUCGGUGCAUAUACCCAUCCAUCUGGUUCUGGGAGGGGUCAAAGACUUUAUACCAGCGCAUGUGCACGAAGCUUUAACGAGUCCGACUUCUGCUAGACGGUAUGCCUCUGUGACAACUAUGCCCAACGUCGGUCACUUGAUUGUUCAAGAGCAACCCGACGCACUGGCAACCACAAUCCAAAUAAUUUUGGAACGAGACUCUGCCCAUCGACCAAAGCUUUGA